UCAUUUUGCCUUUUGCAGUGCAACCACCCGGAGGAGAAGAUGGAUUGGAGCGCACUGCACACCAUUUUGGGGGGUGUCAAUAAAUACUCCACCAGCAUUGGGAAAAUCUGGCUCACUGUUCUCUUCAUUUUUCGCAUCAUGAUCCUCGUUGUAGCAGCAAAGGAAGUGUGGGGAGAUGAGCAAGCUGAUUUUACCUGCAACACUCUGCAGCCAGGAUGCAAAAAUGUCUGCUAUGACCACCACUUCCCCAUCUCUCACAUACGACUCUGGGCUCUUCAGCUGAUCUUUGUAUCCACGCCCGCCCUCCUGGUGGCCAUGCAUGUAGCCUACCGGAGACAUGAGAAAAAAAGGAAGUUCAUGAAGGGAGAAAUAAAGAACGAAUUUAAAGACAUCGAAGAAAUCAAAAGUCAGAAAGUCCGCAUCCAAGGGUCGCUGUGGUGGACCUACACCAGCAGCAUCUUCUUCCGCAUCAUCUUUGAAGCUGUCUUCAUGUACGUCUUCUAUAUCAUGUACGACGGAUUCUACAUGAAGCGGCUGGUGAAAUGCACCUCGUGGCCGUGUCCCAAUACAGUGGACUGCUUUGUCUCCAGACCCACCGAAAAGACUGUCUUCACGUUUUUCAUGAUUGCAGUGUCUGGAAUUUGCAUAAUGCUAAAUGUCACUGAAUUGUGUUACUUGUUAAUUAGAUAUUGCUCUGGAAAGUCGAAAAAACCAGUUUAACACCUUACCCAGUUAUUAGAUGAAAGAUAGGCAUCAUGAAAAGGAUGAGGCAACCCUUGCUUAGCUGUCAAAGUAAAGAUUUUUAUCUUAAACACAAUCAUUUGAAAUUCCCCUCGGUCUCAUGUAAAACCUUAAGUUCGCCCCCCGCCCCCCCCCAGCUUACCACUCUCCUAAAGCUUCAAAACAAAGACUCUCCUAAAGCUUCAAAACAAAGGCUCAAUUCUAUGCCUGUGUUGAUUUUCACUAAAAUUAGUUCUAAUGAAACCCUGUGUUGCUAGGGGAUUAUUCGUGGAAGGUACUUUCAGAUUUUAAACAAAGGGUACCCACUUUUUUUGUCUUUAAGAAAAGGCGAGAAACAUCAGUUUCUAAAGAGGACACUGAGAAGAUUUGUUUGGUCCUCUUAGGGUUCCCUUUGCCAAUUUGCCCCAAAUUAGAAGUAAGCAUAAAGAAAUCUCAGUGUUUGGUUUGCUUUGAGAGUUUUAGUUCUUAACUAUGGGUAAAGAUACUUAAUGCUUCAAACCAUGUUAUACUUACUUAAGUGAAAACUUUUUAAAAAUAAGAUGUUCCUCUGAUCUACAAAAUGUUCUAAAAAACAUUAUAUGUUCCUCCUAUUUCAAAGGCUCAGAUUGUGAUAUGUAAAUGGUG